CGUAUAAAACGAAGCACGCAAGAAACAGAACCUACCAGUCUCUUAAAAGGUCGCACUUUCAUAUUUCAUCUUCGUCAUUUCAAAAAGGAGCAAUCGACCCUGAGCUUCUUUGUUCUGUUGUGAUUUGUACGAGAGCAGUAGAGACCAAAGGAGCAAUAUGGGAAGAAAGCUCAACGCUUUGCUUGGAAGGAGCAGCAAGACCUCCAAGUUGAAACCACUCCUCGCUCUCGCUCUCUCCCGCCUCGCCGUCCUCAAGACCCAGCGUCAGGCCAAGUGUGGCCUUUCCCGCUCCGAUGUGCUCCAGCUCCUCCAGCUCGGUCAGCAUGAGCGAGCACUUCUUCGAGUUGAGCAAGUGAUCAAGGAGCAGAACAUGCUGGAUGUGUAUAUCAUGAUCGAGCGUUACUGCAACCUCUUGAUCGAGAGAGUUCACCUUAUUGAACAAGAAAGGGAGUGUCCAGAGGAAUUGAGGGAGGCAGUAUCGAGUAUACUGUAUGCUGCUUCGAGAUGUGGAGAUUUCCCGGAGCUUCAAGAGAUUCGUAGUAUUCUCAGCGCUCAUUUUGGCAAGGAAUUUACUACUCGUUGCCUUGAAUUGCGCAACAAUUGUGCAGUCAGCCUUAUCAUGACCCAAAAACUGUCGACUAAGAUGCCAACCAUGGAGAACAGAAUGAAAGUGCUUAAAGAAAUUGCCGUGGAAAAUUCCAUUGCUCUGAACCUAGAAGAAACUUCCGGUCCCAUUGAGGAUAAGUCACCAACGCACCAAGUGGCCAGUUCAAGUGGCACGGCUGGAUCAGCAGAGGUUCUGCAGGCUUUUAAAGAAGAGACGGAAAAAGAUGACAAGUACUCUAAGAAGAAAUACAAGGAUGUGGCUGAUGCUGCUCAGGCUGCUUUUGAGUCAGCAGCUUAUGCGGCGGCAGCUGCAAGAGCAGCCGUGGAGCUGUCCCGAUCAGAUACUCAUGAUUCUGAUGAUCAAAACAGUCCUGGUCCUAAACGAGGCAAGUUAUCAAGCAGAUAUAUAUCCUCAAGAACUGAAUUUGGAUCACAGAAUGAGCACAUUACUGUUCAGAAUCAAGCUGGAGAAUUGAAGAGGUCAGCAUCUUCUUCAGGUUCAGAUUCAGAAGGUGAUACAUCGGAGGCGACUCCUCCAUUGUCCUCGGAUGCCGUAGGCCAGCCCAGUCAUUCAAGGAAGGAUAUAGUUUUUGAUGAGAGUGACAAUGAACAAAGUACCAUUGCCCCAUCUUCUAUGAAAGUUCCUUCAAGGGUUCAAUCUGGGAUGAAGAUCGAGCCGGAGGGAUCAUCUAGAAGGCUAACGUUAGACCUAGAGAAGGGACCAUUCUCUCUGAGAAAUAGACGGAUCUUUGGGCACUGAGAAGCAUAAUGUUGUUGUUUGUUGAUCUUCAUGUAAGUUGUUAGUGUGCGAAUAUUUUCACUUUUUUUUUCCCGUCUCAUACAUUUUCUUGAAGUGUAAAACUUGGUGUAUUAAGUUUUGAGGUUCUGAUAUUAUUCUA